AUGGGAGUUUACAAAAAAAACAAAACGAAGCAGCAUAACAACUUUAUGGGGAGAAGCUUAAUGCGUAACAAGUUGUUACAGAAGGAAAUUUCGGACAACAUUUUAUACUCAAAGAUAGGAAAUGAUGAGGAAAAGAAAGUGAGCAAACAGAUUUCCUUUCUGGAAAAAACCCCCGUUGACGAUUAUUUGGAUAACCAGCUAGUCAUUAACAGCGUUCAGGUGAGUAAAGUGUUUAUACAGAAAAAUGAAAUAAAGGAAAUAAAAAGGUUAAGAGAUAGGGACAAGGAGAAAGAUUAUUUGGAGAUUCAGAAUAUCCUUCUGCCCAUCCCCGGCAGACCAUUUCUUUUGAAGCACCAAGACAAGGUCAACAUAAUUCUCCACGAGAGGGAGAAUGCGCCAGCGAAGAAGAAGAAGAGGAAAAACGUGAAGAAGAUUAGCUUCCUGAUGAGCGGCAAGAGCCUCAUACCGAUUAACGUGCGCAGCACGAAGGGGGAGGUGACGCGGAGGAGAAAAGGCCGGCCCGCGAGGAAGGCGCCGAACGGUGAGGUGGGCGCGGAGGGGAAGAGGGAGGUAGACGAGGAAGCAGUUGCAGAGGGGGAAAAGGUAGACGAGGGGAGAGGGGAGGAAGGUGCGGAGGAAGAUACGGAGGAAGAUGCGGAGGAAGGUGCAGAGGAAGGUGCAGAGGAAGGUGCAGAGGAAGGUGCAGAGGAAGGUGUAGAGGAAGAUGCGGAGGAAGAUGCGGAGGAAGAUGCGGAGAAAGACGCCGAGGAAGACUCCGAUGCAGAGGUGGGGGAAGACCCCGCUGCAGGGGAGGGGGAAGACCCCGCUGCAGAGGCGGAAGCCCCGCGGAACCUCAAAUACAUGCGCAUGUACGAGGCACUCGGGGAGAAGUACAAGCGACUGAACGCACAGGAGGUCCUCAACAAGGAGAGCGUGCAGAAAUACGAACUGGAGUAUUUCAUCGAGUGGAGGAAGUUGCUGAGUGUCGUCGAAGAGGAGGAAGGGUACAUAAUCACACCGUACGAAAAAAACAUCGAGUAUUGGAGACAGUUAUGGAGAGUGAUCGAGAAAAGUCACGUCCUUUUCUACAUCAUCGAUGCCAGAAACCCAAUCUUUUUCUACUGCCAGGGGUUAGAGUAUUACAUUAAAAAGGUAGACCACAGGAAAGAGUUUUACAUUAUCCUAAAUAAGUCUGACUUUUUAAACUAUGAGGAAAGGAAAGAAUGGGCAGCCUUUUUUGAGCAAAGGAAUUUGUAUCACCAGAAUAAGGUUACCGUUGAGGACCUGCCCCUCCCGAUAGAGGCGUACACCAAUGGGAUGUCCUCUCCGGGGGACACACAAGCAAAGAAGAGGGAGGAAAUGUCGGCGGGGGAGCGCCCGUCCGUGGCAGCGGAAGGGCUGUCCACUCCAACGGAAGGAUCGUCCACCCCAACGGAAGGGUCGUCCACUCCAAAGGAACGGCCGCCCACCCCAACGGAAGGGUCGCCCUCCCAGAAGGUGAUGAACCUGACCCCCCCAGUAACCCACGUGGACAAGAAAAAGGAAGGCGAAGCCGAAGCCGCCAUCGAUGUGGGGCACGGAAGUCUCAACUAUGAGGAAAAGAAAAAUGAUCAAACGGACAUAUUAAGCACAAACGAAAUGGUGAGUUUAAUUCAAAAAAUAAAAAAUGAAAAAAAAGGAGAGUACCACGACAUAGAAAUAGGAGACUACAGUAGUAUCCCAAAAUUUAUGGUAGGAUUUAUUGGAUUUCCCAAUGUGGGAAAAAGCUCUAUUAUCAAUUCGCUAGUUGGGUUAAAGAAGGUGAGUGUAAGUAGACAGCCAGGAAAAACGAAACACUUUCAAACACUUACGUUAAAUCGUCAUGGGUUCUCCCUUUGUGAUUGUCCAGGAUUGAUUUUUCCAUCUCUAGUGUAUAGUAAAUAUGACUUAAUUUUAAAUGGAGUUUUUUCUGUGGAUCACUAUAAAGGAAAUUUAAUCGACCUUGUCCAAAUUUUGUGUAAUAUUAUUCCUCAGCAGUUGUGUGAGAAGUAUAGAAUUGAUAAAAGGCUCAUUUGUGAGAUUCAGUUAGAUGCACAAAAUGGGUUCGAGAAAAGAACCCAUGAUUAUUUAGAUGCAGCUCAAUUUUUAAGUGCUUUUUGUACUUCUAGAAGGUAUGUCUCCGGGGGGAAAGGAGGACUUCUCAAUCUUAACUUUGCCACGAGACUUAUCAUUCGGGACUUCAUCACAGGGAAACUCCUUUACAACUUCAUGCCGUCUUACCUCGCUCGCAAUGCGCACGUCUACCGGUCGGGCGCGUCCCCCGGAGAGCUGCUCGCGGCCUCCGCAAGGGUGGACCUAGAUCACUUCUCGCAGGACCCCCCCGAGCCCGGGGAAAUCCUAACCACAAAGAGGAAGUUCCGUUACAUGCAGAAGAAGCUAGUCAGGGGGAAGAACGACAGCCAUCAGUGUGACGAGAAGGACCGAGUAGCUAACGUACACGUGCCCUUCACUACUGUAAUAAUCAUCCUCUGA